UCGCCGAAACUCACUCCACAACGAAGGCAACCAACAUUUAUAUGGGUGAAUUUUACAAUAAAAGGAACAAUGUGAAUGAAUCGACCCCUAGCUAGCCAAGUUAGUUGUAGAUGGCAAAAACGAUACAAGAGAUCUUUCGAAUGCAAUUGGAGAUGCGUUCUUAUUAGCUGGCCCAAUAGCAGCAAGAUAAAAAGGCCGGUGAAGAAUAAAGGGUAACAAGGAGAGAAAAAAGAAAGGGGAAAAAACUAGUAAUGUUGUUUACCAUAAGUUCAUUCGUGUUAUGGUAACAUUCAUAUCCUUGUUACUCUUCCGAGAUAUCUAUCGCAAAAGUAAAUAACCAUUAAAGUGUAGGAUUCAUAUAUAUAUAAAAAUCUAUCAAGCGAACUGACAUCGUAAAUUACUAUUAAGUCGUACAUAUCAUGAUUAGAUAUAGCACGAUUCAUACAGUUAUAUGUUUCCGUAACAUAUGUAGUUCUCAUUUAUGUACACGUGACAGUACUUAUACGCCGUAUACUAAUUACAAUAAACAUCAGAAUAACUAUCGAAGCAGUGUUUUCGGAUUCACGCUUCGUUCUAUAAAUUGAAAACAAAGUUUUUAAAUUGUUCAUCUCACUUAUUUCGAAUUCACAUACGAAUCAACUCAACGAUACACACGUUGAAGUUAUCAACCAAAUAAGUACCAAGAAGGAUAAAAAUGAGUAAGUUCUGAAUAGAAGGAGAGGGUUAAAACAAAUGGGAAAGAAGACCGACCCGAACGGAAUUACCAUAAAGAACGGCAACCCAAGAUUACGAGACUACCCCGGGGUUUCUGCCGAAUUACGGGCAGCUCUGCGUUUGGUUGUGGAAUAGGAGUCAAGCAGGCAGGAUUAGGAUUUAGGAGGAGAGGUAGCAAAUCCUCCAAUUAAUUAAUUGCUUAAUUAAAUUAAUCACACCCCAUAUUGGUGUUAUGAACCAACGAACCUUUCUUUCUUCCUUUAAUUAAUCACACCCUGAUUUAUUACGUUAAUAAUGAUUUAAUAACACUUCUUCCUAUUCUAUUGAGUAUUUUAAUUUAAAUUGAAUUUUCUCGUUUUCUUUUCCCUUCAGGUAACCGAAUCCCAAAAUAGACAAAGAGAUCCUUAACCAAGAAAAAACAAAACCCUUCUCUCUCUCUCAUCUUUAUCUUUGUUCUUUCUCGUCGACAGCUACAAAUAUAUUUCUCCGUUCGCCAUUCCUCUUUCCUUCCCAAUGCUCUCUCUCACUACUCUGUUUCUCUCUCUACCACCAAACCAUUCAUAAACCUCUCCUCUCUUCUCUCCCACCACCAUUGCCAUUCAUCAGUUCCCCCCUUCACCGAUUUUGCAUGCCGCAACUGCUCAACUCGCAUUGAUUCACUCCCUCUCUCUGUAUCUCUAAUCUCCACCGCGCUCUCCUUCUUCUUCUUCUCUCUGUAAUGGCGGUCGAGGCCAGGCAUCUCAAUCUCUUCCCUCCCCAGCUCCUCGGCACCAGCCGGGAGAUAAUGAAUUCGAUCGAGGUGAAUAAUAACCUGUACGCCAACCAGGUCGGGUUCGGCGUGCCGUUGUCCGGCACCACGACGGCGACGACGACGGAUGCUCUGCUUCCGAUGUACAGCUCGGUGAUGGCCGACUCGAAUAAUAAUUUCCUUCUACCUUACCAACAGCAUCAGAAGAUGGCGACGGCGAUCAAGUCGGAGGUCAGUGGCCUGUCGACGUUCAACAACAACAACAUCAGUCAGAUUCCGGCCUCGAGGAAGCGGCCGAGGGAUUGUAUGAACGGAAACGGAAAUCCUCUGUUCUCGUCGUAUCAAACGCCUCUUCAGUCGAACAACAAUAACAAAUCCACUGGCGGUGGCGGGAUUAGCGGUGCUCCUUUCUCGUUUCUCGGACACGAUUUCUCCCUCCAGAUCCAGCAGCAGCAACUCGACGUCGACCGCCUGAUUUCUCACCAUAUGGAGAAAGUGAGGGCGGAAUUUGAAGACAAGAGGAAAAGGCAAGCGAGGAGGAUAAUCCAAGUAAUCGAGGAAGGAAUGCUGAAGCGGCUCAGGGCCAAAGAGGACGAGAUCGACAAGAUUGGAAAACUGAAUUGGGCUCUGGAAGAGAAAGUGAAGUCGCUCUGCAUCGAGAACCAAAUCUGGCGAGAUUUGGCGCAGAGCAACGAGGCCACGGCCAACGCCCUCCGCUCGAAUCUCGAACAAGUCCUCGCCGUGAAAGAAGACCAGCAGCGGUACCACCAUCAGUCGAUGGAAGACGCCGCGGCGCUGAUGGACGACGCCCAGUCCUGCUGCGGCAGCAACGACGAUUUCGAGAACCGGUUCGUCGGCCGGAGGGAUAACGAGGACGAGGCUCCGGAGAGCAGUAACAGCAGCAGAAUGUGCCGGAAUUGCGGGAAGGCAGAGUCGUGCGUGUUGCUCCUGCCGUGCCGGCAUUUGUGCUUGUGCAGUGCCUGUGAGUCCAGCCUCCAUUCUUGCCCCAUCUGUAAAUCCACCAAGAACGCCAGCUUCCAUGUUAACAUGUCGUGAGAGAGAAACUCUCCUCCGCCGGCGAACAAAAAAGACAAAAAAAAAAAAAAAAAACAGUUCAAAAGAGAUAAGAAAUUCAGGCGAAUUCUAGAAAGAAAAAAUUGUUUAUUCCAUCUAUUAUUUCUCCUUGAUCUCAUCUAUUUCUCGCCUGCUUAGAUAUUAAUCUAACCUUCUUUUUUUUUUUACUGGAAAUAUAUCAUUUAAUUUUUUGAUGAUACGAUACGAUUUUUACCCUCCCUUGUGUCCGUUAGAGUUUAGGAGCUGAUUUGUUAGUGAGUGAAAGUAGAGUGGCCAUUUUGGAUAAAUAUCCUCUGAUUUUCGAGGGAACGUACGUAAGAGGGAAAAAAAGAAAACAAAGGACGUGGGCCCCGGAAAGGAAGGGGGGUACAGGUACGGGCGUGAAGUGAGUGGGGCCCAGGCAUCUAACCGACAGAUGGACCGAACAGAAGAGGGAACAGCGCGGGAGGUGGAGCGUGGGGAGUACGCUCGCGUGGAGUCAACGAGAAGGUGGUGUGUGUGGGGGGAAAGGAACAGGUGUGAGGCAAAAGCUGACACGUAGGACGCGCGCAAAUGUCGCUGUUGUUCUGCAGUUGGCUCAGUAAGUGGCGCCAAAAAAAUAAAUAUAACCGAUUGGAGAAGACUGACGACCACCACUAUUUUUUCCCCUCCCUCUCUCUCUCUCCCGUGCGCACAUUACUGUUUGCUUUUUAGUUUUUAACAUGGGAAACCGUAACACAAAGUCACAAACAGUCUUUGAUUUGAUAGAGUUUCGUUACAUAUAGUCCUAUUUCUUAUUAAGUCGUGUGACGAAUACAAGAUUGUUGCCUGAACUACGAGAUUUUACGUGAUUUACUCAAUCGAAUGCAACUACGAAUACGAUGGAGGAGUAAAUGUCGAGUUUCGAUACAUUCGAGACUAACCCGUUUGUCGAGGAUGGUUAAUUUACGUGAAUGAGGGAGAGAGAGAGAGAGGAAAAGGACAGAGGAGGAGGGGGUGAUGGGUGGUUGGAAGGAGCCCCGCAAAAGAGGCAAAGAAAAGGUGCCAAAAGGCGAAACAAGAAGCCCAGCUCUGCUUUGCCUGCCUGACUGACACCCUCUGCUUGCCCGUUGCGUUGAUUUUGCGUUUGCUUAGGCUGUUUUCUUUUUUGUGUCCACCAGCGUAUCUUGUGCAUCAUGCUUUGGCUUUAUUAUUCCAACCAAAGGCUAGCGAGCACGACGUCGUUGUCGUCAUUUCCUUUUCCUCUCAUGGUUUUUUCUUUGGUUCUAUUCUCUUGUGAAGCAACGCUCCUUCCGUUUCGAAUAUGGUAAUGGGAUGUUUGGUUUUUUCUCCUAUCGAGGAUGGUGAUGCGAUGACGACAUUGCAGAUAUCUUCAACGGGAGUGGGAGGAUAGGAAGGAUGGAUGGAUGGAUGGUGGGUCGAGAGUGAUGUGGGGGUGAGUUAAGUAGAUAUAUAUAUAUAUAUAUAUGUUGUGGUUGGUUUCAGACAUGGUGAAUCGCGGUAUAAAGAUUAUCCUUUAAAAGCACUAUACAAAAAUAUCAGGAUUAUACAACCAAAUCGAAUGGAAUUGGAACAAGGAAAAUUACUCAACGGCAACGUACCGCGUUGCUGUCGAAUUAAAUCAUUGUUUCACUUAUUGUUAGAUUGCAAAAUCUAUUAAACGGUUUCAAUCUUAACCCGAUGGGUUCUUGUACUAAAUUCAUGUUUGAACAUGGUAAUCCAUGAGUAAUUGAACAUUAAUGUAUCACAAGAACAUAUUGGCCUAGUAAUGAUCUUGGAUUCGUUCUCAAUUAGAAUUGCAAUAAUGAUGGUUUUUGUGACUUGUGAAGGAGGCUGCGUCGUAGCUAGGUUAGGGUUAAUGUUAGCUUCCUUUUUCCUCUCCUCUUACGUCGCUGUCUCUCUAUAGUGGCUACUGACUACUAUAUAAGAAACAGAAGCCACCAUAAAUAUACAAUUGCCUACCACAAUUGAUUUCUUCCUUCGACCCAAUUAUUCAAUUAAAAUUAUUUAAAAACAAAAGGAAAGAAAAUGGAUUAUAUGAUUUAAAUUAAUUACCUGCCCAGAAUUGGCAAAAAAAAAAAAGAAAAUGGUGGAAUUAUGGGGUUGGUGUUUGCUGACAAAGGGAGGAGGGGCCGCUCUCUGUCCAAUUUAAUUAAAACACACAGAUGUAACUCAUGGGUGGUGGGUUGGUGUCUGCUGCUGCCAUCAGACUCUGUUUCAUGCGCGCUUCAUUAUUGCCCUUUUGACGAUCCUUUUUUUUUUCAUGGCCACGGUAAGACUGUAGAUUCAUUGACUAAGAGUGAUUAAUUUACAUUGAUUGAAGGAUUUUAAUUACCCUUGAUGAUGUUAUUUCUUUAAUAUUAUUAUUGUUCCUAAUUAUGUUUUGUGUUUUUGUAUUGCUUUGCACGGCCCUCCACCCCUUCCUUAAUCAAGUAGUCAAAAAAGGCCUUCCAUUUGUUAUUUACGGUGAUGAUGAAAUUGAUCUCAAAUGGUUAUUAGGGUUAAUUAAUGGUGGCAAUUCUCCAAGCGUGUUGCCUAAAGUGGUAAAAUGGGAGGUGCGAUUAAUUUAAUACAACCCCUUCGCUGUAAAAUAUGGAAAGAGAUAACAACACGAAACUUUAAUAUCUUAAGUUUGUUAUUAUUUUAUUAAUGAGAAAAGGAGGAGAUAUUAACACCGGAAAAAAAAAAACCCUGAAGUUACGGUGUAACUGAAGAUGCUCUUCCCGUUGUACACGUGACGAUGAGCACGUGUCAGGCCCGUUAUAAAGUCAAUAGCAGGGAGGGCAGGGCAUCCAUCCAUGCAGCCCUAAUUGUUGUAAGUAAGGUCAGAAAAAACUUGAAACUCGGAAACUCUCUUGGCGUAUAUGAAUGGCGUUUGGAUUUGGAUGGGACGAAACAAAGAGGAAACUGGGGGGACGAGUGACCUUCCCGUAGGUCAGUGUGGUCCCUUAACACAAAGGAACCGUCAACCCUCAAAUGGUGAAAGAUCAUCAAGACGCUUUGAUUCACAAGAGGCAUGCUUUGAUUUGAUGAGUCCCUUGCUCUCAUCAUGUUAAUUAAUGUCAUUCCUUGUGUAGAAUUCUAAAUAUCUCGCCUCACUCUCGUAACUCUUUCGUUUUAAGCUGUAAUAGUCUUUCGAGAAAAGUAUACGGAAACUAACUUCAAAUACGUGGUUGUAUGUUUCCCAACAAAUCAUAAUAUCUGGUCCGCCUUCUAGAUAAUUGAAAAGGAUUGUUUCUUUCUUCUAUGAACUAGAGAGUGAUGGAUGCAUUUGAUAAAAGAAAAAGGUAGUUGAUUUGUGGGGCUAGGUAGUGGAGGAGGUCGCCAGAACAAUGAGGAUUGAUAUGAUUGAAUUCCAACCCAUCUCCAUGUUGGUUGGCGUUGAAGGUUAGUUAGCUAGGGUUAGACGCCUCCUAGCUCCUCUCUUUUUCACAAGGUACACAACACAAGAAGUAAUAGUACUCAUUAAAGACCUCGAAGAAAGUAGGUCGGAUCAAAGGAAGGCGAUUGAUUAGACAAUUUUUGCUCCUACACCCUCUCACCCCAGGACCAUUCACAAGCUCCCGUUCUGAUCCUCGCCCACCGACUGAAAUACAUAGCUUGUCUGUCUGUACGAACUUCAAACUAGGAGGAUUAUAGAGAUAACGAUAAAUCCGGUUUUUUUUAUCUAUAACAACGUGUCAAGAAAAAAGGACACAUAGUUCGCUAAGAAUCAUGGUGUGAUGGGUCAGUCAGCACGUUCACAUGAUGCGCACAAAGAGUUGGAUCAAUUGAUUUGUUACAUCAGAAAACAAGGAAGGAAGAAGGAAAGAGAGAAAGGGAAGUCGUGUUAUUUGAGGCUCUACUCUACGUGAGAUGAUGAGAUGCAAACUAAACUAACUUGUCAUCUUCUUCCUUUGAAUGAAUGGGGGAGAUUUCUUUUUUUGUUUUUUUGUUUUUGUAGAAAAUGGGGGAGAUUUCAUUAACUAUAUAAUAAUACAAAUACUUAAUCCUUUUGUUUGUUUUUAUUUGCGUGAAUGCAUGCACUGAAUUUUCCCCCUCCUUUGAUUCAUGAAUUUGGGAACUUGUGAUUUUUUCCCCCUCUUCCCUUUUGGCCUUUCUAGUUACCAAGUGUCACGUUAUCCAUCGUUUACACCUCCUUGCAUUUUUCAAAUUCUAUCCUUUUUCUAGACCAUCUAAUCUGGCUGCUCGAUUGAGUUACACGCUUCUACUUUUACUUUCUCAAUAUUAAGAUUUGCUACGAUCAGAUAAUUGUAAUGUAUGUGUAGGAAGCAGAUGUAUGCAUCAUAUAGUGACUUAAUCUUUUCUCAUGUUGCUCAUAUAUUGCAUCAUGUCGUUCAAUAACUAAAACGACCUAUAAUUGUGCGAUCAUUCGAUCAAGCUAAGAGGUCUAACAAUUACAGACUUAAAUAUGUUCUAAUCGGCCAAGGAGUGGGGUUGCUUUCUUUUUCUUGUGGGUGGAUAUGUUCUCCAUACUUUGAUGAAUCGCCAAACCAAACGAGAGCAAAAAGAUAAAGACAAAACCGUUUCACAAAAGGGGAAGAGAAAGAGAGGGCCAAGGUGAAGGUGGGGAAAAGGUAGGACAAAAUGGCUUAGCAAUAGCUAUAUUAGUAAUCGUUACUCUCAAGGCAUAUAAUGUUUAUUUAUUCAGUAUUACCACCUUUUUUCAUGCAAACAAACAAAAGAGUAAAUUAAACGAAUGGUGGUGUGAGAGGUUUUGUGUAAUUAAAACUUUGCUUAAGCUUUCCAUGGGGAAGAAAAGAUAUCCCAUUAGUUGGAUUCGCUUUCCCUCUUAGUGGUUACAAUUAUAAUUAAGGCUGCAUUUGGAUAAACACAAAUUCAGCUAACAAACAGACAAAAUCGGACAUCACUGGCUAUAUAGCUAGUAGUUAAACAUGAUAAUUAACACCCCCACCCCACCAAACCCAACUUAUUGGAUUUCUUGUUAUCGAAAGAAACCUAAUUCAUCAACUUACUUAAUUACUCACCACUUGGUUGUAUUUGUAUAAUUUCUAUAGUACUCAAAAGAAUUAGGUACGUUAGAUUAGUCGUUGUUAUUAACUGCCAUCUUUUAAUAUAUAUUAGGUCUUAUUGUAUCACUAUUUUAACGAUAUCGUCUAUGAUGGGUUACGAUCAUGAACUAGUUUGAACUACUAGAGAUAAGAAAUAUGAAUGUAGAAAUCUAUGGUAUGAUAUAUCAUAUAUCUAAACGUCGUUGUAAAAAUAAGUAUUUGUUUUUAAUAUAAUAUUCAAUUAUGG